CCCGCCGGAGGGUGGUCUGGUAAAUUCGCCACGGCCCACGGUCGCACGUAUCCCCUCCUGGGUUUUCCUUUGGAAAAAAUCGGCUCGCGUUUUCCUCGCAGUUUCCUCCCGCGUCGCGGUCCGCCACGCCACGCCACGUCGUCGUCUCGUCUUCCUCCCUCCGCUCGAGCACCACCACAUCCUCCCAGCCGCGUUUCACUUCACCGCCACCAUAUAUAAGCAAAACCAAACCAAGAUCACACCACCAGGAAGUUUCGCGGUUGCUCCAGCACCACCACCACGGCCGAGGCGCGCAGCACCCAACCAACCAACCAACCCGGCGCCCGCCGAUCGAGAGGAGGAGCAGGACCAGCAGCCAGCGCCGCCGAGGCCGAACCCAGCCGAGGACGACCGACCCGACACCCGCCGCCGCCGACCGCCGGGAGCAAGAGGAGGAGGAGCUUGGAAGGGAGGAUGCUUCCGGGCGUGGAGCUCGCGCGGCGGCGGCGCGUGCACUACCACGGCGACGCCGCGUCGUCGGCGGCGGCGGGCGCGGCGGAGCACCACCACCACUACGCGCACGCGCACCGUCACGCGGGGCCCGCCGCGGCCGUGGCGGGGCCUGCGAUGGCGGCGCGCAUCCGGCUCGAGGAGAAGCUGCGCGGCGCGGCGCUGCCGUCGGCGACGUCGCCGUCCAGGUGGAGCCGGCUGAUCGGAGAGCGGGAGGGACGAGCGACCUCCGAGCGUCGGAGCCGCCGCCGAGAGCAGCAGCAGGAAAAUGCCGAGCGAGGAGUCCUGGCGACCGCCGAGGUCUGGCCAAUACCGCCGGCCCCCACCUCGGCGGCUGACGGCGGCCACCACCACCGCCGGCGCGCGGAGCUGACGAGGACGCUGUCGAAGGUGGAGGUGUGCGCGGUGUGCCUGGACGAGGUCCGGGAGCGGCGGCAGCGGGUGACGCGGCUGCCGUGCUCGCACAAGUACCACUCCGACUGCGUCCUCCCCUGGCUCGCCAUCCAGCCCGACUGCCCCUGCUGCCGCGCGCUCGUGCCGGCCGCCGACACCCUCGCCUAGUGCUGGUGGCGGUGACGUGGGUCCGCUCCGCCGCUGACGUGGCAGUUCGGCCCCGCAGGCUACAGGAAACUUGGAUCCAAUACAACUGCUGACUGUACAAAUCGUGAAAAGGAAAAUAGAAAAAAAGAAAGAGAUACGGCCUAGCUUGUGACGGGGUUCUCCAUGAUAGGUGAUGGAUGUACAUGUACUGAAUGAGCUGCUGCGGUUUGCCUGAAUUAGCAGCAAUUUUCAAUUUUCGUGCA